AUGGAGGAAGAUGCAAUCCAUGACUUUAUCGAAUUGACACAAUGUCGGGACAGGAAGAAAGCAGAGAGAUAUCUCAGGGAAAGUCACUGGAAUGUAAACUACGCCCUGAAUGAUUUCUACGAUAAAGAGGUUGGGAACUUUUUCAGCACGUACAAGGAUGUACCCCAGGACAAUGUUGUGUACCCACCUGAGUUGAUACAUGUGUUUGAUCAAUACAGUGAAGCAGGGGUCAUUACAUUUGAAGGGAUGAUUACGUAUAUCGGUGAUCUUUCUCUAUCCAUCGAUGAUUUGGUCACAAUCUGCCUAGCCCAGUUGCUUGGGUGGGAAAACUUACUGGCACCAAUUACGCGAGAGCAAUUCUUAGCCCAGUGGUUUCUGCAAGGCUGUUCCACAAUAAACGAGAUGAAAACAGUAUUGGCAGAUCUCAAUGGGAAGCUGGAGAAGGAUAGGGGCUAUUUUAAAGAGAUAUACAUGUACACCUUCCCUCUGCUAGUUGAACCUGACCAAAACAAACUUGACGCUGCCAGUACAAUAGAGUAUUGGAAACUUUUCUUUGACCAAGAAAAAAAAUACCCGAUGAUUAUAGAUCAAGAGUUACUUGACCCAUGGUUUGUAUACUUAGGAGAGCAAUCGGAAAAUAUGUCCGUAACAGAAGAUAUCUGGAAAAUGGUAUACCAGUUUUUCAACCGGUUCAGAAGCUUGGGAGACGUUAAACAAGGAUAUGAUGAAAUGGCAGCGUGGCCGAUACUGAUAGAUGAGUUCAUUGAGUACCUGCAGGAUACUGUCCCGAAUUUUUAG